AUGGGACGACUGGAGUGUCCUCUGCUGCUCGUUGUAGGUGAGGACGAUCAGAACUGGCCCGCCCACGAGUGUGCAAUGGACAUGAAAGAGACGAUGGAGCGGGCGGGGAACAGCCACCUUCUGACUGUCCUCUCCUAUAAGAAUGCCGGUCACCUGAUCGAACCUCCAUUCAUGCCGUUCGCCCGAGCCAGCUCCUUCAAAACGGUCACUAACCCACCAACCAAGGUGAUGGCUCUGUGGGGCGGAGAGCUGGUGGCACAUUCUCGCGUUCAGGAAGACGCCUGGAGGAAGAUGCUGAGACAGCAUUGUGUGAAGCUGUCGGUACAGCCGUCCAGAGGGCUUGUGGAUGAGAAGUUCACCGUCUUGGUCCAGAACCUCCUCCCUGGGUUCCAGCUGACCAUCCACGCCCUCCACCAGUGUGAAGACGGACACAGCUGGGAGGCUUUUGCUCACUACACUGCCGAUGCCACCAGUAUUGUGAACGUCUCACAGGAUCCCAGUCUGGGCGGGACAUAUUCUGGGGUUGAACCGAUGGGCCUGCUGUGGAGCCUCAGACUAGUUCCUGGCAGCAAAACUGGGCUCAGGUGGAGGAAGAUGAACGUCCAGACUCCCAUGGGGGUCACAAUCUCGGUGUACCACGGUCACCAGACGGAGGGCUUCUUGGAUCAGGUGCUGCUGGCCAGUGUGGUGGUAGAGCGAUGGUACAUGGCUCCCGGCGUCCGUAGAGUCCCGAUAACAGAGGGCAGACUCACUGCGACCCUCUUUCUGCCCUCAGGACCUGGUCCUUUCCCCGGACUCUUGGACCUUUGGGGGUGGGGAGGGAAGUUGGUGGAGUACCGGGCAGCGCUGCUGGCCUCCCACGGCAUCGCCUCCCUGGCCCUCAACUACCUCACACCUCAAAUCACUAAGGAAACUGGUAAAAUGGUGGACAAUGAUUACUUUGAGACGGCCUAUAGAGUCCUGGAGCAGCAUCCUCAGAUCCUCGGCAGCAGGAUCGCCAUGUUGGGUCUUUCCUUAGGCGCCGCUGUCACUCUCAGAAAGGCUGUUUACUCCCAGGUUGUAAAGCUCAGAUGCGCAGUGUGUAUCAGUGGGAGUCAUGUGCAGCCGAUUGACGGACCUGUGGAACAAUUUAAUGCUUUAUUUAACAAAAACAUUGACAAGAUUCACCUUGAUAAGGAUAACCAGUCGAUCCUUAGAGAUACGCUGCUGCCCAUCCCAACAGACCCCUCACUCAAAGUGGACAUCAAACACACUGACAAGGCGACACCUGGAAGCAGCUCCAAAGGUCAGUUUGCAGCCAAUAAUCGAGCCAUGCUGCGGGUCUGA